AUGUUCCGUUUUGUUGACAUCAGUCUGGCAUUAUUUACUGCUCAACUGCCACUUAUAUUUGACCUGAUCCUCGUUAAAUUUGGUAUUAUCGAAUGCGGACCAAUAUUGUCGGCCAUGAGCAACGCCAAAUAUAUUUACAAUUUUGUUGUUAUAUGUGAAAUGUCACUACUGAGUUUGUUGGCUACACGACUACUUCUGCCUGAAAAGUGUGCCCUCUUCGACAAAACUCCCGAACGUCUAAUGGAACGAGGGCGGAACAGCGAAGAAAAAAUGCUCACCAAAAAUUUAACAUGA